AUGGCCAGCAAACUCCCACCAUCAGCCCUCCAAACCCUCAGGCGACCAUCCCUCAACAUCAACAACAACCACCUCCCCUCCCCAAUACCUCAAACCCAGCUCCGCCACGCAACCUUCAUCCCCCGCCACCGCCGCCCCUACAAGUUCACCCAGCUCGUCCAGCUCUCCGACGGCUCGACCUACACCGUCCGCACCACCUCCCCCAUCGCACUCUACAAGUCGGCAAAGGACACCCGCAACCACAUCCUCUGGCAGCCCACCGACAAGUCCCUCCGCAACGUCGAGGUCGACGAGGCCGGCAAGCUCGCCGCCUUCAGAGAGCGCUACGGCCGCGGGUGGGACGCCGAGGAGGCUGCCGUCGAGCAGCAGGAAGCUGCGGCAACAGACAAGAAGGCAGAGGAAAGUGAUCCGUUUGACAGUCUUGUUGGGUUGAUCAGUGAUUUCGCUGCCGGAUCAACAAGUAAUACCGCCGGAGGGUUGAGUGCAAAGGAGCAGGCGAAGAAGGAUAAGGGGGGGAAGAAGAAAUAA